GCGUCCUGUGUCUGGGUUUUCGGUGGAAGUGCCUCAGAUGGGCAGAAAAGCGGCGGUAGCUCAGAAAUGUCGUUGAUGAGGUCCUUGGAAUGCUUCACUGGGGCGUGCGCUGUGCUGAUGGCUCUUCCUGGCCCCGCCGCCCGAUGCAGGCAGCAGGCCGGGGUGAGCGGGGACCGAGCCGGGACAGGCUGCAGGCCGGGGUAUCAGUCUGUUGCACGUACUGACAGCUGUCAGGGGACUCCACGCUUCUAUUUAGGAAAUUGUUGUAUACAGAUCUACUUCAGCUUUUUGAUGAGCAGACAUGGCACUGGGAAAGGUGGUAACAGCAUCUGGGGCAAGAAGUUUGAAGAUGAAUUCAGUGAAUACCUAAAGUGUUCGGGGGGUAGUUUCAAUGGCAAACAAUGGUCCGAAUACCAAUGGAUCGCAGUUCUUCAUCACUUAUGGCAAGCAACCACACCUAGACAUGAAGUACACUGUGUUUGGAAAGUGUGGCAUUCCAGGGAUAAAAAAGAAACUCCUGAUCACAGAAGAUGCGACAGUGCUAAUAAGAGAAAGAGGUCAUCAUUAAGUGGUGCACAAGAGAACAAGCACUGCAAACAUGAUCUUUCUAAACUUCCUGACAGUACCCAUUCAGAAACCAAAUCUGUAAAUGAAAGAGACCAUCAUGAACGACGCUAUGUUGAAGAAUACAGAAACGAGUACGAUCAAGGACACGAUACUGGGCACCACAGUAGCAAAUCAUCGGGUCAUAGUGGGGCGAGUAGUUACAAAAGGAAAUACAAGACACAUCACACUACCUGUCAUCAUCAUCAUUCACAGAAGAGUCAUCGAAGGAAAAGAUCCGGGAGUGUAGAGGAUGAUGAGGAGGGUCACCUGAUCUGUCAGAGUGGAGACGUACUAAGUGCAAGAUAUGAGAUUGUUGCUACUUUGGGUGAAGGUGCUUUUGGAAAAGUAGUGGAAUGCAUUGAUCACAAAGAGGAAGGCAGACAUGUAGCUGUGAAAAUAGUAAAAAAUGUUGAUAGGUACUCUGAAGCUGCACGUGCAGAAGUGCAAGUACUGGAACAUCUCAAAGCAUCAGAUCCCAGCAGUACAUAUCGCUGUGUUCAGAUGUUAGAAUGGUUUGAGUACCAUGGACACGUCUGCAUUGUUUUUGAGCUACUGGGGCUCAGCACCUAUGACUUUAUUAAAGAGAAUGGUUUUCUGCCCUUUCGGCUGGACCACAUUAGGCAGAUGGCAUAUCAGAUCUGCAAAUCUGUGAACUUUUUGCAUUCAAACAAGUUAACACAUACAGAUCUGAAACCAGAAAAUAUUUUAUUUGUGAAGUCUGACUAUGUAGAAGAGUAUAACCCCAAAUUGAAAUGUGAUGAACGCAGACUAAAAAAUCCUGAUAUCAAAGUUGUGGACUUUGGGAGUGCAACAUAUGACGAUGAGUAUCACAGCACUUUGGUGUCUACAAGACAUUACAGAGCUCCUGAAGUUAUCUUAGCACUGGGAUGGUCACAACCCUGUGAUGUUUGGAGCAUUGGCUGCAUUCUCAUAGAAUACUACCUUGGUUUCACAGUAUUUCCGACCCAUGACAGCAAAGAACACCUGGCUAUGAUGGAGCGAAUACUGGGGCCAUUGCCAAGUCAUAUGAUUAAGAAAACCAGGAAACGCAAAUAUUUCCGUCAUGACCGGCUGGAUUGGGAUGAACACAGUUCUGCUGGCAGAUAUGUGUCAAGGCGCUGUAAGCCACUGAAGGACCAGUGUGAAGCCUACCUGAACAUAAAAGAGACACAGCCUCCAAAACCUGCCACCCCCACUGCAGAACUACCACCCAGCCUGACUCUGGCCCACAGCCAGGGAUUUCCUCUCCUUCCCCUUGCAUUUAGGGUCCGGGAUUCAAGAUGGUCUUCAGUCAUCAAUGAAGACUGAAGCAAAGAAGGAAUUCAACAACUCUGCCUUCUCUGUGUCUUCUGCCACGAGAGGUACCCAUAAGCAGGCUUAUAUUUUCCCUAAUCUUCCUUUUUUUUAAUUGAUGUACUGAAGAAACCCUUCUUGUUGUCCUUGAUACCCCUUGCCAGAUUUAAUUCCAGGUGGGCCUUAGCUUUCCUCGUUGCAUCCCUGCAUUCUCUGACUACAGUCCUGUAUUCCUCCCAAGUGGCCAGUCCUGUUUCCCACAUCCUGUAAAUUUCCUUCUUCCAUUUAAUUUUUUCCAGAAGACCCGUAUUCAUCCAUUAAGUCUCCUACCUCCUCCACUUCAUUUCUUUCUCAUAGGGAUGCACUGGUCUUGAGCUUGGAGGAAGUAGUGUUUGAAAGUUGCCCAGCUACCAUGGACAUCCAUACCUUCCAGGGCCCUAAUCCAUGGUAUUCCAUCGAGUAGAUCUUUGAAGAGCCUGUGUUUUUUGCUGACUUGACCACCCUCUCAUUUCUCACUCCCUGAAACCUGCUAGAGCCCAUGGCCUCACUAUUGCUAACAACAAAUGAUCAGUAAUAGCAUUUCCAAGCCUAAGCACAUCAUAUUCUUCUGUAAACAAUAUUACUUUCCAAAAUAACAGGGUCAGGUUACACAAAGCACAGGACUGGGUAAAAAUCUGUCCAGGCAACUCUGUUGGCAUUGCAACCACUGACCACACACCUGCAACAACCAUUCAUCCAUCUCACACCAGCAGAAGGGAACUUGACUACAGAGUCAAGAUCCACUCCUAGAAAAAAAAGCAAGCCAGUAUCUUUUCCUUUUAAGCCAAGUUUCUACAGUCUACACUUUGAAGAACGGAAACUGACUCAAACAAAAGUACUGUGGGGUAUACAGAGUAUUUCUAAGUAACCUGAUUGCUGUUAGUCACUAAGAUGGUCAGAGAGUUUACCACAGAUAAACUCUGUUCUUCACACACACACAACUCUUUCACAGAGUUCUUACACUGAAAAAAAAUUGAGCUUUUGCAGAGUCAAGUGAACCAAGGCUGACAGCAGCCUCAUCAAAGGGACUUACCCAGCAUUCCACCAGCCACCAGGAUGUCAAAAAGCGUUUCUGCAUAGCGGCGAUAGUCAAGUUUUGCACCAGAAGCAUCAAGAAACUUUGCUACUGCCUCCAAGUCAGUGCCAGUUUCGGUUAAACCUUGAAUAAUACAGUCCUGGAACUGGGUAGGGUCAAACCUCUCUUUUUCAUCUGUAAAGACAAAGUGUUUAAAUGAAGUUGUCACACACAGCUGUUUGGUUUUUAAAGUUUGUAAUUUAAAUCUUACUAAAAAACAACCCAUAACAAAACCUGCACUGGCAAGCCUGUUAAACAGAACUGAGAUCCUUCCAGCCUUCCAAGACAACUGCUGUUAACUAGCACAGACAAUGACUUAACAGCAUAGCCUAAAAAGAAUUUAAAUGGCCAACAGAGCAACAGUAAGUUUUGCUGCUUUAGCUCCCCUAUAAGUCAAGGCUGGGAGAAUGACUAUCAAAAGCUAAAACAUUUCUUAGAUACCUCUGGCUGAAUUCUAGCAGUACUUUCACCAAGAACAGUUGUUUGUGAUAAUCAUUAGCUGGCUCUAAUAAAGCUUAUCUGACUUCUCAGUAUGAUUCUAACACGCCUGUUCACAUGUUAGACCACUCUUUCCUUCCAAAAAGAGGCUCAGCUACAUACCAGAAGGCAAUUCUUAAUACUGAGUCCCUACAAUUUUGUACAUUUGACUUGUGUUCCAUUUCAGUCCUCUGGGACUACUGCUAUUUUGGACAAAAUAUUCUGACUGAAAAUCUGUGAACCAUUAUCACAUUAGAGCCAACUGACAGAACCUGCUUUCUGGCUAUGAAGACCAUCUCCUACGCUUAAUAUGGAAUCUGAAGCAAUUGCUUUUCUUCAGGUGCCUGGGGGAAACACAGGAAUCCGAGCUAACUUCUUAGUCUUAAAAAACCCCAAAAUAAUGGACUAUAAUUACCAUUGCCAAGAUCUACUUAGCAUCCUCUGUUGUUAAAGCAGAACACAUGCUUCUUCACAUUUAAGGUGCAUGAAUUGAUCAUAGCCUUGUUUUUACUAUGGGUAGGGUUUAGUUAAUAUGCAACAAAUUCACCCAUAUAACUAAUGGAAAACUUUAAAUAGAAGUGUCCAGCUUUACUCAUCUCAA